GGUUGGGGUUUGUUGGGCCGAUAUUUGGGAUUUUUAGGGGUUAGUGGGAUGUUUUGCUGCUUUCCCUAGUAGCUGACUACUAUUGCACGUAAUUAAAACUGAGCAGCCAUGGUGGUGGUCACGCCCAGCGGCGGCCACCGGCUGCUGCCGUUCUCGGCCGUCACCCACCAGCGGCUACAUCAGGCGGCGGCGCGGCCCGGCGCCGACCCCGCCGGCGCCGCUGACCAGGCGCCCGGUGCACCGUUCGGCCAGCCGCUGCCCGGCGGCCGGCUCGCCUGGGCGGCCAACGGCGCCGCGCUCGAGGUGCUCUGCUGCCGGACGGGCGCGCGUCGCGCCGCCUGGACGUUCGGCGCGCACUGCACGGACGGCGCUCCGCCACAGGUGACUGCCGUCUGCUCCGUGGCCGAGGCGGUCGGCCCGGCCGCCGCCCAUCUGCUGGCCGUCGGUCUCGACUGCGGCGGCCGCUCCGACUCGUCCGGCGCUACCGGCGGCGGCAUGGUGUGCGUGUUCGACCUGUCGGCGGCGGCAGUGGUGCGCGCCGUCCGACUGCCCCACCAGGUGACCGCUCUGCACGUGCUGCGCGCGCCGACCGACUCGGUCGACCUGUGCCCGCCGCUACAGGCCAUGGGCGUGCUGGCGGCCGUCGGCACGCAGGCCGGCUUCGUGCUGCUGCUCGACCUCUGCCUGGACGGGCCAGUGGACACAGACGAACGCAACCCUGGCGUGCCCACUUACGUCACUGUACUGGAGCCGGCGGCGGCGCAGCGGCGCCACGAGCAGGCGGCGCUCGGAAACCACCUGUGUCUGCCGCUUAACGACGCGGCCGUGGAGGGCGGCAUGUACCAGCACCGGUCAGCGGCGGGCCGGCUCGAGCACGCCCAGCCUGCCGACGACACCUGGGUUUCGACCGUGCACUGGCUGCCCCAGCUGCGCAGCCUGGUCGUCGGUCUCAGCUUCGGAUGCUUCCAGGUGUGGAGUCUGGAGACACUUCAGCUAGAGUUCGCCAGUCGGUACGAGGCCGGCCAGCUGCCAGUGGUCGGCUGCGUCUUUCUGGAACCCGAGAACGACCCGCGCCGCUUCGUCUACCUGUGGGUCAUCAACAGCGUGCCGGCCUACCACGACAUGAACGGCUCUGUGGCCUCCGCGGCGCUGUACGCGUUACUCUACACAGAACGGUCCUGGGAGCAAGGCAUACCCGUCUACCGCGGCCUCCAGCAGGCAGGUCGGAAGCUGGUGUACGAUCUGACCACCACGCCCGAGCAGCCGGACGCCGGUCGGGUGUCGGCCAGCUGCCUGCUGUCGGCCUUCGCGCUGCCGGCUGCCGGCCUGGAGAGCAGCGGCGGCGGAGACGACAGCCUGGCGCCGCGAGACGGCACCUGCUGCGCGCUGGCCUGGGAGGCGUGGACCGAGGACGGCGCCUCGGCCUGCACCUGUCUGGCGCUGUUCGACCUGAACCGCUGGUACCAGGCGCAGCUGCCGCACCGCGUGGACGCGGCCGGCCUGGAGCGCUGUGAGUACCUGCGCUUCUUCUCGCUGGACGCCAGCGACGGUAUCGUGAUGGGCGUGUCGGUGCGCGCCGCCGAGCCGCGCUCGGGUCUGCUGACGACCACCCUGCUGCUGGACGUGGGUGUGCAGACCAUGUCGUUCUGCGGACCGCAGGAGCAGCUGCUACGCGCUCUGCAGGCGACUGGAGGCGCCCAGCUGUCACAGCCCCUGCAGGCGUACGAGGCUGCGCGCCGGCUCGGUCUGGUGUCCGCCGGUGCCGUCUCCCCGGCCGAACAGCGCGAGACGCUGCUCACUCUGGCGCUGGAGCGCGGCUUCAGCUCGCUGUUGGCGUCGUGUGCGACACGGUGGUCGUCGGGCGACUCCGACCCGGGCGGCUGCACCCUGCGCGCGCUACUCAACUGGCUUUGGCAGCACGCCGUCGAGGUGGUGUCGCGCAUCGACGCAGCGUGUGUACCGCUGUUUGACAUGAGCGCCGGGAAUCUCUCUGACGAAGAUCUGGCCAUUCUACAUGGACUGCGCGCUCAGCUGGACGGUAUGGUCACAGUGCUAGACACUAUGGCUGCCAGAACCCCAAACACUGACGGCGGCCGCGCAGAGCUCGAGUCCAAGAGCUACGUGCUGCGUGUGCGUAGUCUGCACACGGGUGUGAUCCUGUGGCUGUGUCACGCCGGCCUGCUGCCCGAGCAGGCUGACGAGGAGGCCGGCGAGUCAGUCGAGUUCGCGUACCCGGGCGCGGCGCUAGCGCAGUGGUACGCCGAGCGGCGCAGACAGCUGGGUCGCCGCCUGCUCAUGGUGGACGGCCUGGUGGAGGAGCUGGGUGAGCCGCUGCGCGCCUACUGGCAGGAGGACGGCGACGGCGCGUACCCGCCGCGCUCACUGCAGGCGCUGACCCGUGCCUAUCUGCUGGACGGAGUGACUGACGUGCGCAAACACCGCCUGCUGCACUAUCUGCUGCUCGACCUCAGCCGACUCGUGUCCGACGAACACCACGACACGCUCAAGUCGUUCCCCUCCAGCUUCGCCAUGCCGCCCAGCCUGAUCAAGCUGACGCACGCCUUCUGGCACCUGGACCACGGCAAUGUGGACUCUGCUCUGGUGUUCCUGAUGGACCCUCUGGUCCGGCCGGCGGACCUCAGCGCCUGGCAGCACCGGCGCGUGGUUGAGUCGCUGUUGGCGCAGCAGGCGCCGCGCGCUGCCUUACAGUACGCCCGGGCGCGCCACCUACCGGCGCCGCACGCCGCCGAUCUGCGGCUUCACCUGCGCGUGCUGCUGGAUAACGGUCUGGUGACGGAGGCGCUGCGCUAUGAGCGCCGCCACCGUCCUCUGGGAGGCGACGAGCUCACUGGGUGGCUGCUGGAGGGCUGCAAGCAGCGCCGCCUGCUCACGCAGCUGAUGCGUCAGCCGCUGGACGCCGCGCUUGAGCGCCAGUUCAUCCAGUUUCUGGAGAAGAACGCCGACCGUGAGUGUGCCGAGUUGCUGCACGUGUUCUACCUACAGCGGGGCCGGUACCGGGAGGCGGGCGACCUGCAGCGGAGACUGGCGGCCGCCGCUGCGCCCCCUGCCCCGGCGCGGGCCGAGUUUCGACAGUCGCUCCAUCAGCUGCUACCGACGCUGAUCCACCGACGCGACGGUUCGCCGUCGGCUGGAGUUCCCCGUCACAGCACCAUUGCGAGUCGCCGCCGCCCACUCUCGGCACAGCUACACCAGGUGCCGGCCGACGUCCGCUCGCGCGCCAUCCUCAUCCAAGAGGUACUCGAACAGAACGGCAAGAAACCAGCGACUCCGGCGGUCGCCGCCACGCCAUUCCGUCCUCGCCACAAGCGGAAACUGCCGGAGGAUGAUGACGUAUUCGACAGUCCGGCUGGCGGCCAGCGACGUCCGCUGCGGCCCGACGUGCGGCGCCUGCUGCAGACACCGCCUGUGCGCCGGGCGCCGCGCCGCUCCGACAUUGAGCCCGGCACGCCCCAGAUGACCACUCCAGCCGCCACCAGGACGCCGCAGUCAAUUCUCAAGGUGCGCCGUUACCUGGAAUCGAGCGGCGCCUCGCGCACUGAGGACACGCCAUCCAAGCAGCUGCGGUUUGGCAUGCUGCGCGGCCGCCGCUCGUUGGAGGAGAGCCGUGCUGAUCAUACUCCCCCGCCGCUGGCCACUCUUUUCACCCCUGGGAAGACGCCGGCUCCUCUGCGUGCUCCGGUCCUCUCGUCCGCGUCCCCGGUGGCUCCCGAGCACUCUCAGACUCCGUCGACUCCCGCGCCGGUCCGACUGGCGUCUCUGUUCACACCUGGGAAGACGCCGGCACCGCUAGCGCCGCGCAUCAGCCGUCUGCCCGAGCCGCGGAUCGCUAUGGCUGAGGUAUUGGCUGCCGCCGAGCGAAAACCGCCUACACCCGAACCAGCCUCACCGCCGAGCAAACGUCAAUCGCUGGCUAGUGAGCUAGAUGACAGUGAGUUCUACAGUUUCGAAGCGAGCCCGACGGUAGCUGAGCAGACGCUCGAGUUCUUCGGCCGCGAGCGGCAGCUGCAGUUAGUAGAGCGUUCCUGGCAUGAUGAGAGUGACGUGGUGACCAUGGGUGGCGAUGUGUCGCGCAGAUCACAUACUGGUGACGACGACGAAACGAUGAGCGAGGGCUCUCCGGCGCAUGAGGAUGAAGUUGGACAGCGGCACUCGACUCCACAGCAGGAGCUGCAGCGGCGUACCGUCGGCGACCAGGAGCACGAAGAAGCCGUCGGUCCGCGUACAGAGCUUCAUCUGGUGACCCCUAGUCCGCGCCGAGAACUGCAUCGGUCAACCCGGGCGACUGUCUGUGAUACUGAAGACAUUGGUGACAGGUCGGGCGUGCGUGUGGAGCGUAGCGAGGUCAGUGCUGUGGUUCACACUGAGGUAUCGUCCGUGAGUGCACGAGCGACCGAGCCGACCGCACUGUUGGAGAAAAGCGAACAGAACCAGAUCGUGUCCGAGGAAGAUCAGAAAUCAGUGGCUUCAGAGAAUGAGUUGGAGACUGCUGCGCCUGAAGAAGAACCAGCCAUGUCAGAAAAAGAUGAGGAGGAGCCCGUCACUCCGUCCGAGGACAAUAAGACACCCGCUGCGUCAUCAGAGAAGAGCGAGCGGCGUGAGUCCAACUCGUCUGGAGAGUUUAGCCCACUGAUCGGUAACAAGUUCACCAGUCUGGCGGCAAUGGCUGAUGACGAGCCGGCGGAGGGUGCCUUGGAAUCGCUGGGAGCCCAGAUUUUGACGGGAGCUGACAGCAGCCCUCAGCGGGCGAAGCCGUGCCCUGAGAAAUCACCAGAGAAUACCUCCACUUACGCGGCCGGUGAAGAGCCUUUUGUUGUGAAGCGGACUGCCUGGGUCACUGGAGAGGAGAGUGAGACGCAGGAUCGCACACUGAGCACGCUUGAAGCGCAGAUUCUGACGGGACCCGGCACGGUCUCUGCUGGGAAGGAGACGCCAGAGCGCGAGUCGCCAGCGCCGGAGGUGACGUCAGGAGCAGAGCCGGUAGCUGUGAGGGAGGCCGCCUGGGUGACCGGCACGCCAGAGAGUGACUUGUUGGACCGCAGGCUGGCUGAGCUGGAGGCUCAGGUGGUGUCGGGUGGUGAUCAGGUCAGCACUGGAAGCACCGAGUUCCGCCGCCGCUCCACACCGGACGGAGAGUCUGCGGUCGAGCGACGGACGGCGUGGGUGACCGGCGUCCCGGACGACGACGACGAGGAGGCAUCACCGAUGUCGGAGAGUUACUUGGCACCGCCGGCUGGCUUGCAGGAAGCUCUGCAGAGGAUCGACCAGGCUCUCCAGUUGCCUGAUCUGUCUACGACGAUCGGGCAGGGAGCGGCCAUCACCUCUGGUGUGCUUUCAAACAGCUCGGAGGCGGUGUCCAGUAUGACUCUUCGGCUCGAGUCGGACAGUGAAGACGAGCAGGAGCCGGCGCAGUUCACCGGCUUCACCUCGCUGCAGCAGGGGCCGGCCGAGCCGGCGGCGCCCAGUCCGCCGCGCUCGCCGCCCGCCGACCGUCUGACUCGCUCGUCUCUGCUGCGCCGGCCCAGUCCGACGGCCGGGUCGCCUCUGCUGACCCCUCGGCGCAGUCUUCGGCGGCGGGCCGGCUCGGGGGCCGCCGAACAGAUCACUGAGAAGACAGCCGAGACAAUCGUGGAGACCCAGGCGGCUUUAGAGACCACGAAGACAGUCGUGGAGUCCACGGAGACUAUCGUCAAAGCCACGGGGAUGGCUGUUGAAGCCACGGAGGAGAGGACCGUUGAAACCACGGAGAAGGUGGCCGUCGAAACCACCAAGUCAGCUGGCGAGUCGCCCAAGAGAGCCGUUAAGACUGCAGAGACAACCGUGGUGACUUCGGAGACAGUUGAAACCACGGAGACAGUUGAAACCACGGAGACAGUCGCCGAGCCGUUAGAGGCAGCCGUCGAGACUGCAGAGACAACCGCGGUGGUGACCACGAAGACAGUUGAGACAACGGAGACAGUGGAAACAAUGGAGACAGCUGUUGAAACUGUGGAGACGGCCGUCGAAGCCACGGAUACUGCUGCUGAGUCCACAGAGGAAGCCGUCGAGUCCACAGAGGCAGCCGCUGAGACCAUGGAUGAAACCGUCGAGUCCAAGGAGACAGCUGCUGAGCCCACAGAGGCAGCCGUCGAGACAACCGCGGUGGUGGCCACGAAGACAGUUGAGACAACAGAGACAGCCGUCGAAGCCAUGGAGGCGGCUGUUGAGUCCACGGAGGCAGCCGUCGAGUCCAAGGAGACGGCUGUUGAGACCAUUGAGGCAACCGUCGAGUCCGGGGAGACUGCUGCUGAGUCCACAGAGGCAGCCGUUGAGCCUGCAGUAGAAGUGGACGGAGGUGGGUCGGAUCCGGUGGUGCCUGCCGCCGCUGCGGGGACGCUGUCCUCUCCGGAGGUCGGUUCAGCGGAGGAGGACACGACGCCAUCACCAAAAACUCGGCGAGCGACACCGUCGCCGAAGAAAGAGAAGACCGUCGUACGAUCUCCGGAGAAGGCAGGACAGUCCACGUCGCCCGUUGCCAAGAUCACCACGCCAACCUCAUCUCCACCAACGAGACAGGCGGCGGCAGCGGCUGCGCGUGCCGAGCCGUCGCUCUCCCCGGUGGCUGAGGAGCACCCCUCGGAGGCUCCUUCAUCGCCGCCGACAGACUCGGCCGCUACUCUGACCACCCCGUCCAGAGCGCGGCGCAGCGUACGGCGCAGCGUUGGUGGAGUGACUCCCCGCUCCCGACUCAGUCUUCUGGCGGCCGUGGAUCCUCUCUCACCUGUACCCGAAGGGCGCAGUGUCGGAGCGGCGAGCGGUGAGCCCGCUGAGCCGGACACCGCCGCUGUCACAGAGGAACAAGAAGGCGAAACUGAGGAGCCUCUGCCAGAGCCGACCUCCACGCGGAAGAGCGCCCGCCGCAGCACCUCUGCGGAGCCGGAGCAGGCACCGACCUCCACGCGGAAGAGCUCCCGCCGCAGCGCCUCAGCGGAGCCAGAGCAGGCGCCGAUCUCCGCCAGGAAAAGCUCUCGGUCGCGGGCGGGCUCGGUGGGUCCGGCCACGCCUCUCCGACGCAGCGCGCGGACUCGCAGCGUCUCGCAGGAGCCCGAGGAGGCGGGCGCAGAGACAGACUCGCUGCGGGGAGGCUCGAUCGAGCCUGGGUCGCCGGUCUCCACACCAUCCAGACGGCUGAGGACGCGACAGGUGUCAGAGGAGCCCGAGCAGGCCACCGCUCCCGCGACCUCGAGGGGCAGGAGAACGAGGAAGGCUUCUCAAUCGGAACAUGGUGAUGACUCGGUGUUUGAAGAUACCACUAAGAAGGGAGCGGCAACCAGAGAUGUCUCCGAAGAGCCCAAAGAUAAGGCGAGCCCUGAUACCACCGUCAAAACGAGGCGUACCAGAAAAGUUUCUGAGGAACCAGAAGAGCCGACUGCCCAGAGCACAGCUCAGAAAACAAGACGUACAAGAAAAGCCUCUGAGGAGCCGGAAGAACAAUCAGUGUCGGAUACAGCAAAAAAGACCAGACGUACCAGAAAAGCUUCUGAGGAGCCAGAAGAAGCAGCAGUCCUGGACACAGCAAAGAAGACCAGACGCACCAGAAAGGCUUCUGAGGAACCAGAAGAAGCAACGGUUCUUGACACAGCAAAGAAGACCAGACGUACCAGAAAAACUUCUGAGGAGCCAGAAGAAGCAUCAGUUUUGGACACAGCAAAGAAGACCAGACGCACCAGAAAGGCUUCUGAGGAGCCAGAAGAAGCAACGGUUCUUGACACAACAAAGAAGACCAGACGUACCAGAAAAGCUUCUGAGGAGCCAGAGGAACCAUUAGUUUUGGAUACAGCUAAGAAGACCAGACGCAGUAGGAAGACCUCCGAGAGCCAGGAAGAACAUACGGCGGCAGACACCACACAGAGCGGAAGGCGAACGAGGAAGACGUCUGAGAGUGUGGCCGCUGAGGAGCCGACUCCGGCGAGAGCCACACGGACCAGGAAGAUGUCUGAGUCCUCUGAAGCAGAUGUGCCUGUUCCCUCUACGAGCAAACGCACCAGAAAACAGUCCCAGGCGAGUGAAUCGUCGGAGGCUGGCGGUAGCCCCGAGCGGGCGUCCAAGACCCGCCGACUGCGGGGUUCCUCAGAGGACGUGGAGGAUGAUGAGGACGACGGCAUGGCGCCUCCGGCCUCCCCGGCGCGCAGCACCCGCGCGCGCAGUCUCUCCGUCCAGCCGUCCUCGCCGGCUCGGCUGCCGACACGGGCGGUCUCGGAGCAGCCGCCCGAGACGCGCGUCACCGCCUCUGGGCGCAAACGGCGGCCGGCCAAGGGCUCGGAGCCCACCACACCACCCACCGCGACGAAAACAGGCCGCGGAACGAAGAAGAGCAGGGCGGCAGCGGCGGCUGACGAGGACGAGGACCCGCCGUCGGACGGAGAGCAGUCGCCGCCUGUGCGCCGCGCGGUCGGCCGCCGCAGUCAGGCGGGUGCCGCCGCGCGCCGCUCGGCGCUGCCAGCUAUCGCUGAGGCGGCGGCCGAGGCGAUGCCGCCGCCGGCGGGCGCAGCUGCCGGCCGUCGGCGGCGGCGCCGCACGACGCGCCUGCCCUCGGAGCCGCAGGAGGCCGGCAGUCCGCUGGUGCUGGUCACGGAGGAGCAGCUGGAGGAGAUCCAGCGCCGCUCGGAGGACUCGCCGGAGCAGGAGCCGCUGCCGCGCGACCGCCGGGCCUCCAUCGCGCGCACCCGCCAGCGCACUGGCCCCCGCCGCUCGGUGCGGCUCUGGUAGUCGCCUGGGAGCGACUGGGGCGCCAUCUGCGGCGUACCGUCAGUGAUGUUCGACUGUGACCGGCUAUGGUCGGUCAGCUGCUCAGUGUGUUCAUGUAUGAAUGUGUGAGGUAGUCGGAACGUGGGGAGGGAGGGGGUGGGGGACUGUCCAUUGUUCAGUGGCCACCACGGGUCACGCUUGUAUGUGUCAAACGUAUUUUGGAUAACGACCGUCUCGCUGUCCAUGCCAUCGUCGCUGGGCAGUCGUUCCGAACGUCUCGCCUGUCCCGUGCCCGGCCCGUCGCGUGUGGCUUUCUCAGCGCAGGGAACGAACGUUUCAGUUGAUAGCGUUGUGUGCUCGGUUUUGCGGUCGUUUUGCGUCGGUUUUGUACGCGAUCCGAGCUCAGAUACAAUGGUGUACGGUGUGAUUUGGGGAUAGAUUCAGGGGCGUUGGGCGGUCAGUGCCGGUGGGGAGCCGCGCAGGACUGUCGUUCUCAGCGCUGUCACCGGCUGCAUCCGCGUGGUCCGACGACGUUUGAUUCGUAUCAUGAAUAGCGAAAUGUUCAGUGGCUCGCAGUGCUGUCCGUCUCUGUUAAACGAUUUGUCACCGACGCCAAAACUUGUCAGUGAAUGUGUUUAAGUUGAGUUACUACAAUAAACGUGAGGAGCGCC